GGCCGUGACCUAUAGAGGAGACGUCUAUUUCGUGCCCGUACUGUAUCUGUUUUCGUGAUUGUACUUGUUGGCAUGCUUUAAGUUUGAUAAGGGGCACUCCAUAUUUACUUACUGAGUUUAUCUCAUAGUUUUUCCUUGUCCACCAUUUCAGGAAAUGAAACUGAGGACGGGGAAACCACAGGAAGUGACGAAUUUUGAUGGUAUCAGAUGUGAUAUGAUAAGUUCCAAGCCUUGUGCACUUGUGGGACUCGUCUCACGAGUGUACGGCGUCUGCCACGUCCUUGGAUUUGGGUUCUGGGGCGUGACACUAACCAUAAUGGUCAAUUGAAAGGAUCAAAGCCAAAAUAUGCCAUUGAUCUAACAACUCUUUAUAUUAAAGUUUAUGGGCCUCAAGUAUAAACUCAACUUAUUAGU